AGUCGCAGGAGAACCGGUUCCACCGACUGCAGAGUCUUCGUGACCCCAGCCGCCUCCAAACUGAACCACCUGUACGGGGUCAAAGCCUGGACCAGCUGGGUCCAGCAGGCUCAGAAAGCCGGUGGAACCACCGUCAAAGAGGAUGUCCUCCAGUGUGACUCGGCGGAGCUGAGCGUCGCUCUGUCUCGCUUCGUCAGAGAGGUUCGACGGCCGAACGGCGACGCCUACGGCCCCGACAGCAUCUUCUACCUGUGUCUGGGAAUACAGGAGUAUCUGUUCGAGAAGGGCCGGAUAGAAAACAUCUUCACAGAUGAGCUCUACAGCCAGUUCUCCAGAGAGAUCAGCUCCACGCUGCGGCUCUGGAAGCCCAAGCUGCUGCCCGGCGGUGGUGUGGUCCCCUCGCAGGUGGAGGAGUCCUACCUGUGGGAGUGCAAGCAGCUGGGCGUGUACUCACCCAUCGUGCUGAUCAACACGCUGCUCUUCUUCUGCACCAAGAACUUCCACCUGAGCACGGCGGAGCAGCACCGGAGCCUGACCUUCUCCAGCUUCACGCAGACCUCCAAACCCUGCAGCCGGGCCGGGAAGGUCACCUACCUGCUGUACCUGAGGGGUGGCUUGGAGCAUACAGAGCGGGUCAGGAAGCGACAGGCGGAAACCAGCGGAGACCUGGAGCUGAUGGAAAACGUGUCAAACCCUCUGCAGUGUCCGAUCCGGCUCUACGAGUUCUACCUCUCCAGAUGCCCAGAAUCAGCAAAGAAACAAACCAACAUGUUUUACCUCCAACCUGAGAGGAACGUCCACACUAGAAGCCCUCACUGGUACUCCUGUCAGMCGCUGGACGCAGCCACUCUACASAACAWGCUCACGYGCAUCCUGGCGGUCAGAGAGCUUCAGCAGCAAGCGGGGAGGCACCGGGGCGGUGGCGACGAGUGAACGCCGCCUUCAUCGGCCGCAGCAAACGGACUCUUUUUAGCCGAGCCACAAACACACCAGACUGGUCUCAGAGCGCACAAGUUUCAAAACACGGGACAAAACCACGAAACCAAACUGGAAAAUCCACCCGACACUCAAGGUUUUUCUCUAAAUCUACUCCAAAACCCCAGAAACAAGAUCUUUUUCUUUAUCUGUGCUGAAAACAUAAAAAGUAACAACCACA